AUGCAGAAAUACCUCAAGAAGACAUGGGAUAUGACAGUUGAGAGCACUAUUCAAGCCGAAACGGAAAGAGGAAUUCUCUUUGCUAUUCCUCUCGUGAAGAUAAUUAAUCUAUCUAUCUAUCUAUCUAUCUAUCUAUCUAUCUAUGUCAGUCUGUUUGUAUCUAUCUAUGAUUUUUCUUAUUUACUUUAUCUUUCCUCAUAUAUAUCUGCAUUUUCUUUUGUUUCUUUUAUUUUCUUAGACAUCUAUUUUCUCUGUAUUACUUUCACUUCAUAUACUUGCCAUUUUGAAUUCCUACUCAACUCUCCAUAUACCACUUCUCUUUCCUUCUAUCCCUUUAUCUGUUCUAUAUCUUUGCCAGUUACUCUCUCUCUCUAUCUGGCACUAAUAUCUUUUCUGUCUCUUUUCUCAACCUAUUUUCUCUUUCUCAAUAUUUGUAUCUCUCUUAAUUUGCUCCUUUAUUUUCUAUUUAUGGAUACUUUUUAUACUCUUCUUGUUUUCUUUAUCGUUUCCCUCUCUGUUUCUAUCUGUCUCUGUCUGUCUCUCUCGAUGAGAAAACUAUCUAUCUAUCUAUCUAUCUAUCUAUCACUCUAA